GUGAGGCUGAGAGGACGACCUGCAGCCGCACACAAGUCCCAGAGAAAUUAUAGCAGCAGAUACUAGUGGCCACUGAGUCUUCCCUUUCUCUGGCUCCGGUGUCUUGGAGCCGGACUCUCUUACAUUCUGCAGUCCAGUUGCAGCAGAAGUGUUUGAAUUUCUUGCCGCAGCUGAAGCAUGGCUGCUGAGCAGAAGCGUCUGAAGGAGGAUCGUCUGCGGACGAAGAACUGGAAGAGGUGGGGUCCGUACCUGUCGGAGAGGCAGUGGGCGACAGUUCGGGAGGAUUAUUCUGCUGACGGCGACUGCUGGAGUUAUUUUCCUCAUGAGCAUGCCCGAUCUCGUGCAUACCGGUGGGGGGAAGAUGGCCUUUUAGGUAUCACUGAUCGUCAGUGCCGAAUCUGUCUUGCUCUUGCUGUGUGGAAUGAAGAAGAUGAAUUUUUGAAAGAACGUCUGUUUGGGCUCACAGGUCAUCAGGGUAACCAUGGAGAAGAUGUGAAAGAGCUGUAUUAUUAUCUGGAUAGCACCCCCACCCACACCUACAUGAGGGCACUAUACAAGUACCCACAAACUGCAUACCCCUAUGAGGAACUGGUUGAAGAGAAUGGAAAGCGCACAGUAAUGGACCCUGAGUAUGAAAUUCUGGACACAGGCAUCUUUGACAAUGACUGCUACUGGGAUAUCAUAGCAGAAUAUGCCAAGGCAACACCAAACGAUGUACUAGGUGCCUACACCAUCACAAACAGAGCUCCACAUGAAGCAACAAUUCACUUCAUGCCAACGCUGUGGUUCCGCAAUGUGUGGUCCUGGGGCGAUGAGUGUGAUGCCUGGCUGGAGCAAAAACCACACCUAAGGCAGGUGGCACCUGGUAAAGUUCUGCUCAACCACUGUGUCCUGGGAGAAAUGAUAUUUGAGGUGGAUGCUGGACCAGAUGGAACCGUACCAACCCUUCUUUUUACUGAGAAUGACACCAACAGCAAAUUGUUGUUCAAAUGUGUCAAUAAAUCACCUUAUGUGAAAGAUGCAUUCCACAACUAUGUGGUGAAAGGGGACAAAACUGCUGUCAACCCCAAUCGGGAGGGAACCAAAUGUGCAGCUCACUACAUUUUGACAGUUGGGAGUGAGCAGUCAGUCACCAUCAGAGUUCGCCUCUACCACCAUCUAGAGAAGCCAAUUUCAGCCUUUGGACCUGCCUUUGACAAAGUCAUGGUGCAGAGACAUGACGAAGCAGAUUGUUUCUAUGAAGAGGUAAUGGGGUUGAAGUCAGUGGCAGAGCAGCUGGUAGCUAGACAGGCAUAUGCAGGCCUUUUAUGGAGCAAACAGUUCUAUCACUACGUUGUACAAGAGUGGCUACAUGGGGACAAAGGUCAACCUCCCCCACCCACAGAACGUCUUUAUGGUCGCAACACAUCCUGGAUCCACCUCUUUAACAGGGAUGUCAUUUCUGUACCAGACAAAUGGGAAUACCCUUGGUAUGCUUCCUGGGACCUUGCUUUUCAUAUGAUUCCUGUUGCCAACAUCGACCUACAGUUUGCCAAAGAGCAGCUUCUCCUUUUCCUUAGAGAGUGGUACAUGCAUCCCAAUGGACAGAUUCCAGCUUAUGAGUUUGCUUUCUCAGAUGUCAAUCCACCAGUACAUGCAUAUGCCGUCAUUAAGGUGUACAAGGCUUCAGGCCCUAAAGACCACAGGGACAUUCUCUUUCUGGCUCGGUGCUUUCACAAGCUGGUCCUUAACUUCACCUGGUGGGUGAAUCGCAAAGACCCUGAUGGAAGAAACAUCUUUGAAGGAGGCUUUCUUGGCCUUGAUAAUAUUGGUGUUUUUGAUCGCUCCAAACCCUUACCUGUUGGGGGCAGGCUGGCCCAGGCAGAUGCCACAGCAUGGAUGGCCUUCUUCUGUGUCAUCAUGCUAGAGAUUAGUCUCAUUCUUGCUAGGCGUGACCCAAUUUAUGAGGACAUGGCCAGCAAGUUCUUUGAGCACUUUGUCUUCAUCCUGGAUGCCAUCAACAAUGUCGCAGGAGAAGGCUUGUGGAAUGAUGUCGAUGGCUUUUACUAUGACCACAUCUACGGCAACAACCACAGCCUGCCUCUCAAAAUUCGCUCCAUGGUUGGCAUGGUGCCUCUAUUUUCCAGCAUGGUGCUGCAUGACCAGGAAAUGAAGCGACACCCUGGUUUCUACAAGCGCACGAAGUGGUUCUUAGAACAUAAGAAGGAUCUGGCACAAAGAAUCCUGUGCAGAGCUUCAGAGGACAACGGCAAUGCUGAUGACACCCUACUGCUGACGGUCGUCACUCGAGAGCAGCUGGUGCGCAUGCUUCAUUAUAUCUUGGAUGAAGAUGAGUUCCUUUCUCCUUACGGCAUUCGCUCUCUCUCAAAGUACCACUACAAGCACCCCUUUAAAUUUGAGGUUGGAGAGCAAGCACAUUUUGUGCAGUACCAGCCAGCUGAGUCACAGUCUAAGCUUUUUGGUGGAAACAGCAACUGGCGGGGCCCCAUCUGGAUCCCAAUGAACUAUCUGCUGAUUGAAAACCUUCAACGUCUUGACUACUUUUAUCAAGACACACUGAAGGUAGAGUGUCCUACAGGAUCUGGAAAGUACAUGCGGCUAAAAGAUGUGGCUGCAGAGCUGUCUCUCAGACUCUCUCGACUCUUCCUGCCAGACAUCUAUGGGAGUCGUGCUUGCCAUGGCUUAGAAGAGCGAUACAGCAAGGAUCCAAACUUCCGAGAUCUUGUACUGUUCUAUGAAUUCUUUGAUGGAGACACUGGUCGUGGGUGUGGUGCGAGCCACCAGACUGGCUGGACAGCACUGAUAGUCAACUUGCUAAAGAGUGCACGUCACCGCAAAUCACUUUCAGGGGACAGUACCAGCUCAUUGUGUGCUGCCAGCAAUAUUUGAUUUGCUAUAAUAAUAGUUCUGAACACGACUGCUUGCACAUUUGGUGCUGGUGAUCUGAUGGUUAUGUGGAUGCUGCAUUGGGUGGUGAUAAUUAUCUAUCAUGGUGCAAAGCUCUGGAUGAAAAACAUUUAAUUUUAGAUUUUUAAAAUUGCUGCUGUUUGGAUUCAAUUUAAAUGAAAUCAUUUGAGAUUGACAGCUGAGGCUGUUUGGGUAGCUUUUGACUGAGGGAUUUUUAUUCAGUGUUGCUGGUUCAUAUCGUAAUAUCAUUUUGUGCCAUUCAUAUUCCUGAUGGCAACUGUGAACAUGUACAGUAUUUUGUUGCCUGCUGUCUUCUAGUGUUUUACGUUUGGAGGAGCACACCAAGACUGCUGGUUGUUUAUGGAUUGCCAAAAGUGUGCCAGAAUUUAGGAAAGAUGGACUUUACUGAUAAACUUUUUUGUCAUGACUUCCAUAAAAGGUGGACCACAUAUAUUUUUAUGAUGACGGCUUCAUGAUUCGACCUUCAUAUAGCAUUCUAUUUAUUUAUAAAAACAUAUUGGUAACAUUGUUUUGCCAUUUCACCCCUGCAAUUUGUUAUUAUAAAAACAAAUACUUUCUAUUUGGUGCUGUAUUCACAAAAUAUUUUAACUUAAAUCUGUGGAAUAUCUUUCCCCUCACUCCCUCCAAGUUAUGUGAUCACAGUGGUCACGUUUUUAUUCUUGUUGGGGAAAAGGUGUUCCAAAAUAGGCUUAGCUUCAUUUGCUAAUGAUGUGCGUUAGUGGUUGUGACAAGGGAAGCAGAUAGCCAAGUAGUUAGAAUGCUGACAUCAGAACCGAGAGGUGCGCAGGUUCAGUACCUGAGUAGCGCAGCAAACUUUCCCUCCACCAGUUGCCCCACCUGGCGGGAAUGGGUACCUGACUCCAUAGAGGGUUGGGGAAGGUAAGGCAGUGAGGGAGAGAUGGGCACGUCUUUAACACUUGAGCCCCUAAACGAUCUGAAAAGGCUAGGGGACAACCUGUACUUUUUUUACUUUGUGACAAGGUGGGAACAUAUCACUAGUUGCCCCAGCAUUACCUUACCCUUCUGUACUUUACAGUGCAGUGCAAUAUUUAUCUGUUCAACAAAAGGGAACAUUUUACAGGAUUUGUUGUCUUUUACUGUACUUUAUAAUAUGUAGUAACAUACAGCUGUUCUGCACUAUGCAGUUUAACAAAGAAAGUGUUAACCUAGUUAGGAGGGAAACUCCAUUAGCCAUUUCCUUGGAACUCUUUCAAGAAAAGUGUCUUCUACUGCAACAAUUGUUGUGGAUAUUUAUGCUGUGAAAAAAAAGAUACCCCAAAUGUAUUAUCAGUAUUAUGCAUGAGCUUAAUUGCUUUGAGAAGAUGACCUGUUUGUUACAUAUAAUUGCUUAAGAAAAUGAUCUGUUUGUUAAAUACAUAUUAUUACUCUUGUGGUAUCACUGCACUUUUCAUUUCAUGCCACCUUGGGCAUUGCUGUAACAUUUAAAUGAUUUUCUGAUACAUUAUAAAAUCUUCAUCAUUCCACUUGUGUCAAAGUAUGACAUAAACUGUUAUAAUCUCACUCCUUCAACAAGAUCUCAUUGGCAGUCAUAGCUGCAGAUAUGUUGGCAUGUAACUUAACAUUUAUUUCUGAUUUGAUGUCACAAUUUGAGUUUGAGAUUCCAGAUGAGAAAAGGAUUAACAUGCCAAAAUCACCAGAAUGGAGAGGUACACCCCUUGCAUCAUGUGAAAGCCCUCACCAUGAUGUACUAUGUUUUAGCAUUUGAAAUCUAUAUGACAAAGGUUUUCUACAAUUGGAUGUUUAAGUUUAUGCUUCUGCAGCACAGUAACUUUCUUAAGUGGAAAUGCGUGCCUUGCUACCAUCUUUAUCGAACUGAUUUUCAGCUGCAUGAAAAUUACCCAUGACCACGACACUAUCACAAAAUUCACCUCAUCACACACACAUUUACAUCUCAUCCAAAGUCUUUCAGGAAUGCUGUAUUAUGUAUGCCAAAUAUUAUGAUGAGGCUCUCAAACUUAUCAUGAAAGUUAGUGGACUCCCCCUCCCUCUU